AUGGGGCCCCGGUCGGUUUACAAAGAUUGGCAGGCAGUGGUGUGUAGGAAUGCAGCAACUGAGCCCAAUCCCGGUCAUGUGACCACCAACUUCCGCUCCUUCCUCACCGGUUUCCAAGGAAUUCGGUGCGGCCGCCAUCCUGCCCUCACCCCCCACGAACAGCGGGCGGGAACAGCCGCUCUGCUCCCUCGCCGCUCGCCGUUCACGGUCACCACCCAAGACCUGCACCUUUGCCGACCCCCCAGCGGGCAGGGGCUUUCCCCAGCAAGGAUGAAUCCCGUCAUCUGGUGGAUUCGGACCAGCUUUCAGUCAGUGCAAGACCUGGGCUCGGACCCCCUGUUGCAGCAGCUCACACAGAACCAGGGCCAGAUGUUGCUGCUGGAUGUCCGCAGUCCGGCAGAAUAUGAGGUCAGUCACCUGGAGGGAGCCGUUCGUGUUGACCCCGAGACCACCGACAUGGAGCAGGUGGUCAGGGAGCUGGGUCCGGCAGACGCUGAGACAACCAGGGAAGUGGUCUGUUACUGCACCGUGGGCUACCGCUCCUCCCGACUGGCCCAGCGCCUGGGUCAGUUCCUGGCCAGUGAGGCGGGGCAGGGCCUCCGCCACUCGCUGAGGGUCUACAACCUGGAGGGAGGGCUGGUGAAGUGGGCCAACGAGAGGAAGCCCAUCGUGGACGGCAAGGGCCAGCCCACCCACCUGGUCCAUCCCUACAGCGCAGUGUGGGCCCCCCUCCUGGAGCCCGAGUUCAGGGCCCAGAUCUGAGGGGGGGGGGGGGGGGGGGGGGGGUCCUAGAUCGCUGACUCAGGGACACGGCAGCGGAGAAAUGGAGGCUUCGCCGGGAAUGGUCCAGGAAUUCGAUUGUGGUGAAAGGGUUAAUCGAGUCGACAUAAUCUCUGCUCAUGCUUCUUGCUGCUAGUUUCUCUUCAAUAUUAAUAUGUACUUUCUAACUGUCGGGUCUGAUAGAUGGAGGGGGCAACCAGUCACUCACUCUGUGGGUUACCUGGAGGUUUAAGACCAGGUUCACUGAGCUAUUGUGUGAAGACGGACCUUAACGCUACCAUUGGUUGACAGCAGAAGCUGACUCAGAUCUUUCCUAAUGGUAUGUUGAGGAGAAAGUGGAUUAAGUUGAUAACUGGUUCUGCAGAAGGAAGGGUUUGCAAAGGUAUCAUUAACCUCAGCAGGGGGAUAGAGCAGAGACAGGCUGCGGCUGUCUGUGGGACAGUGUGCAGACACAGGGCUCUCUGCUCGUUCAAAAUUAGGGGUGGGGGCAGGUGUUGAGACAUCGAGCAGCACUGGAACAGCUGCUGUACUGAGCACUGACUCCCCGAGGUGCCGACUCUCCCCGGGGUACGGUCCCCGAGGUACCGACUCUCCCCACGGUACGGUCCCCGAGGUACGGUCCCCAAGGUGCCAACUCUCCCUGGGGUACAGUCCCCGGGGUACCGACUCUCCCCAGGGUGUGGUCCCCGGGGUACCAACUCUCCCCGGGGUACGGUCCCCGAGGUACCCACUGUCCCCACGGUACGGUCCCUGAGUACUGACUCUCCCCGGGGUACAGUACCCGAGAUACCGGCUCUCCCCGGGGUACGGUUCCUGCCUCACCCCUCCCUCUCACUUCUAACUGGCCAUCUUCUCUCCACAGGAAAAGAAGCAGGAGUAGGCCACUUGGCCCCUCAAACCUGCCCCAUCCUGCCAUUGAAUGUGACCCUGGCUGUUCUACACUGGCCUCAGCUCCUCUUCUGUGCCAGUUCUACCAUUACCCUCAAUUCCUCGAUCUUUCACGUUUAUCUGUCUCCACCUUAAAUAUAUCCAAUGAUCUGGCCUCCACCACCCUUGGGGACAGAGAACUCCAGAGAUCCACCCCCUCCAAGAGACAAAAUUACUACGGACCUCACGUUUUAAAUACCGGCCCCUUAUUUUGUAUCUCUGUCCCCCUGUUUGUGACUCACCCGCUGGUGGAGACAUCCCAACACCCACCCUGUCAUGCCUCCUGACAAUCUUAUCUUUGGAUAAGGUCACCCCUCAGUCUUCUAAGCUUCACAGAGCAUAAAAUAAGGAAACAUUUUGCAGCCCCAUGCGCUGAGAAGAGGACAGUUGUGGGCAAAAGGCCAUUGAGGGAGAUUCAGAAUCAGGAUCAGGUUUAUUAUCACUAACGUAUUUCAUGAAAUGUGUAGUUUUGCGGCAGUAGUACAGUGCAAGUUAUAAAAAUUACUGUAAGUUACAAAAUAAAUAUAGUACAAAAGAGGAAUAA